GCGAAGGAAGCGAAGCUGCGGAUUCCGCAAUCCAGGUCGGGCAGGAGCGAGAGAGAGCGGCGCGUAAAAACGCAGCCGCAGGAAAAGCCAAGACGCAACGGACCCCGGAGCAACCCGGCUAAGGCAGGCCCUUCUCUCUCUGCCCCCCUCCCACUUCCCCUCUCGGCCCGGCCAUGGGGAAGGUCCAGCUCUUCGAGAUCCGCUUGAGCGACAGCCGGGUGGUCUACAGCCCCGGCGAGCCGCUGGUGGGAAGCGUCACCGUUCGCUUAGCCGGAGCUCUCCAAUAUCGCGCCAUCAAAGUGAGCUGCGUGGGCUCCUGUGGCGUCUCCAACAAGAUAAACGACACUGCGUGGACCGUGGAAGAGCAGUAUUUCAACACGACGCUGUCCCUGGCCGAUAAAGGGAUGUUGACCACUGGCGAGCACACCUUUCCAUUCCGUUUUUUGCUGCCAGCCUCGGCCCCCACCUCUUUUGAAGGUCCAUUUGGCAAAGUGAUACAUCAGGUGAAAGCUGUCAUCGAGACGCCACGGUUUUCCAAGGAUCAUAAGUGUCACAAGGUCUUCUACGUUCUGUGUCCGCUGAAUCUGAACGAUAUCCCAGAUAUUGAGCAAUGCAACACCAACUCCAUCACCAAGAAGUUCAGCUACAAGCUUGUCAAAACAGGAAACGUGGUUUUGACGGCCACCACCGAUCUCAAGGGUUACACCGUCGGGCAGGUCAUCCAGUUGCGAACAGACAUUGAGAACAAAUCUGGCCGGGACACCAGCACCAUUGUGGCAAGCCUCAUCCAGAAAGUGGCCUAUAAAUCCAGGCGGUGGAUUUAUGACUUGAGGAGCAUAGCAGAAGUAGAAGGUUCGGUGGUGAAAGCGUGGAAGCACGCAGAGUGGAAAGAGCAGAUUCUUGUCCCUGCGUUGCCACAGUCCAUCCUGCAAGGCUGCAGUCUCAUCCACAUCGAUUACUACAUCCAGGUCUCCCUCAAGUCCCCCGACGUCUCCGUCGCCUUACCCAUUUACAUCGGCAACAUUCCUGUGAACCGGAUCCCCUUAAGCCCCGCCCACUUGGCCCCCAACAUUCCCUCCCCGGUGGUUCCGAGCGCACCCCCCGAAGAAGAGGAAGCAGCCGGGGGUUACUCCCACCCCAUGGACAAUAUUUCAAUCCCGACCAAGAGCCAUUCUCAGCAGCAGCCCUUCAGCUAUGCCCCGGGAUUGAGCUUCCCGGAAGCCAGAGUGGAUCCGGAACAGGUCACCUCCCCCAACCGGCCCACGCUCUGCUUGUCCACGGGGUCAACGGUUCCGUAUUAUGCCGAGGGGGCUGUCGUUCCGGUGGCCACGGCCAGUUCUUUGAUCCUACCGCCCGAGUAUAGCACCUGGGGUUAUCCAUACGAGGCCCCUCCUUCGUACGAACAGAGUUGUAGCAGUGCGGCCUCCAGCUUGAGCAACGACCACUAGGCAACGACAACGAUCUAAAGACGACCAGAGUGAAUUGGGAGGAAGGAACGGUACGCAGCGUUGCUCGGAAGAGGGAGCAUCCCCUGGCCGCGGGCCUGCUGGCUGCCACUCACUCACGCUAGGGAUGCCUUUUUACAUCCCACCUGGGAACUGUGCCGUCCUCCAUUUGCUGCUGCUUUUUACUCUCCAAAACACCUGUGAUGCCUUAUCGGGAAUGCAACCAGAAUCCAAGAAGGUGGGGUGGACCACGCAAGCACCUCUGUUUUUGGAGUGCUGCUCUUGAAUUCCCACCCUGGGAUUGACUGUCUGGACAGUCCCAUGUUGUCCUCCUCCUUUCUCCUCUGACGUCCUAGAGGUGUUUCUAGAGAGCAGGGCAAACAUUCCCAUGAUCCACGGACAUCCUUUUUGCAACGACAUAACGGUGUCAACAGGUUAUCGGCAGGAGUUCUUGCAGCCUUUCGAACUCAGUGCCUGUCUAUUGGAGCUUUUCCAAGGUUGGAGGUCUGUUGCCACAGGAGAAAGAUGGAAGAUGGACUUUUUUUGUAGUGCCGAGCCAGCCUUGGGUAGAAGAAAGAUCUUCCUUGAUGAUAGCGUGGUCCCUGAGACCAAUGAGGUCCUCAUGUGUUCAAGCCACUCUGCUUGGCCAGGAUUCAUUCCAGAUAACGUCUUCGGGAACUGUGUCUCUUGAGCACGAGUAGAUCCUUAAUUUCUCCUCCUGAAUCCUCCAACGUUGGCUUUCCAUCUGGUUGGUAGCAUCUGACAAUCAUGGCUUGUGUCCAACUUCUACCUCGGCCUUCCUGUUUCCCAUGAAA